ACUAUUCUGAUAGAAAAAAGCCAAACUCAAACUCAAAAAGUCAAACUCACCUUUAUAAUAACUGUCAAAAGUCAGCAACCACGAAACUAAGGGUUUUAUAUUUUUAUUAAACCCGACACCAAAAAAUAUUUAAACUUAAUUCCAAAACGAAGCCUAAUUCUAUUUCACACAAAAAAAUUGAAAGAAGUAAACAUCAUCUCAACAUAAGAAUUAAAUAUCUGACAUGAACAAGUUGCCAAGGGUUUUUUGCUCUCUAAGGAUAAGCCAUAGAAAUUUUAUGCCCCUUACAACUGUGUUAUUAUGUAAUGCGAAAGAAAAUUUAAGAACUUAUUGUCAGGGGCAAUCUAACAAGGAAAUUUCUGUACCAAUAAAAACAACUGACCAAGAGGAACAUCAAUAUGAGGAAAAUAUAAAGAAAAAUAUUUUGGCAAAAGCUUUGGAUUUUGUCCAGAAAACAGGAUGGUCUAUUGAAUCUCUGGCUCAAGGAGCUGAAGCUGCUGGCUAUCCAGGUGUUGCCCAUGGGCUAUUUCCUAAUGGGGGUGGAGAUCUUGUUCAUUAUUUUAAUAUCACAUGUAAUGAAAAACUGGUUGAGCAGAUGAAAAGUUGGCCAAAAGGAGAAUUAAAAGAAUCCAAAGUACCAGCACAAUUAAUAGAAAAUGCCAUUAUGAUGAGGCUUUUAAUGAUUGAACCUUACAAGAGUACAUGGCCCAAAGCAAUGGCUAUACAAGCCCUUCCUAACAACGUUCCUAAUUGUUUAGCAACGUUACUCUCACUUGUUGAUGAUAUUUGUUAUCACACUGGCGACCGCAGUGUAAAUUUUAAUUGGUACAUUCGCAGAGUUGGUUUAGCUGGUAUUUACAAAGCCUCGGAACUCUUUUAUUUGACUGACAGCAGUCAAAACAAUAGCGGUACUAGGAGUUUUGUUAAAUCAAGAAUAAGAGAUGCAGAACUGAUUCAAAUAGCUCUUAACGUGAACCCCGUGGCUGUUGCACCUCAAACUUUAACAGCAGCUUUUGUUACGGCAAAGAACAUGUUAGGCAUGAACAGCUUGAAAUAAUUCAUAUAGUUUAUGAAAAUGUGCUUAAAAUAAUAAAUGUAGUAUUAUUAUUUUUAAAUAAAUUUCAAGUUUUAGUUUA